AGGCCUGUUGGUCCACGGUCGCCCAAAUCAUUUUGGCCAAUCAGAACACUGAUCUUGAAUCAGGGGAGAGGAUAGGCUAUAGUGAAGAACAUGUCUGGUGCAGCAGCGAUGUUCGUGUUCUUAUUGCCGGGGAUUCCAAUGUCCAUCGUUUGAAGUCUGCAUGUCCUCCAAAUGCAAGGAUUGACUUUCUGCCCGUAUCUGGUGCAAAGUAUGUGUCUGACCGGAAGGGCUUUAGAAAGCUGCUGCAUCAAGAGCUGAUGUCAGGUUGUUACGACAUAUUGUACCUGCAUCUUGGCUCUAACGAUGUUUGCUGCAAGGAUAGCAAUUUCUACCGUUGUGUGACUGAGAUCCUUGAUGUUGUAUUCAGUGUGUGCACUGAAAUACACGUGGUGCUUUGCGUGAUUCUUCCACGUGAUUUUGAUGUGAGAAUGUUUCCCCGAUGGCCACUCUCAGGGGCACAGUUGAGGAACUACUGCCAGUGGAUAAGGAGCGCAAACAGCAUGCUGUGGGAACUGAGUCACCAUGUGCCUUCUGUGAGAUACAUGGACUAUGCAGCAACUAAACAGAAGUCCCUGUACUUGUCCCAUGAUGGACUACAUCUGAGUGCUGAAGGGGCUAGGAGGUGUUUAGCAUCCAUACAUGACGACCUGCCAAACCAGCUGUGUGUGGAGGCUGCUGUUCAAGAUCCUACAGAAUGGCCAGCUCUCUCAGCCACGGAAGUACCGGUUCAGGAGCAUGACAGCACCAUAGCACUCUUUUCGGAUAUUGUGCAGACUGGAGCUCAACCAGAGAUUCAAGACAAGGUGGAUGCAAGUGAAGUACCAGUUCCCAGGGACAUUAAGCCUCAGACACAUAAAAUAACGGUUGUCACAGCCAGAGCUAAGAGGUAUGCAACCAGAAAUGUCAAAAGAUAUGGAAAGAAGGUCAAAGGUCAAGAUCACUGUGAACUCUUAAAAAAAAGAAACUGCACCUGCAGCCGAGCGUUGGCACCUGCUAUGCGGUGCUCUUGUUUUUAUUCAUCAUCAUGUUACUGGUAGUGAAAUAUGUGUGAAAUAAAUAGCCAUAAAAUACCGAUAGGGAAAGCACAGUAAAUAAAUGCAGAUUUAUACAUGUUAUCAAGGAAUAGGAAGCUUGUUUGGUGCAUUUUGUUUUGUUGUUUUUGCUUUCGUUGAAAAAAAUCUAUUUGUUAACAUUUACAUGUAUUAUAUCCUUGAAGUCAUUAAUUUCUGGCACAUCUUUUUAUGCCGCCGAAGGAGGGCAUAUAGUCUGUCUGUCACACUUUACGUUUAGGUUUCGAAAAAUGCUCAUAACUUCUAUGUUGCUUCAGAUAGCAACUUCAUAUUUGGCAUGCAUGUGUAUAUUGACAAAGCCUUUCCAUGCGCACACAAAUUUUGACCCCUGUGACCUUGACCUUGAACUUAGGGUCUGCGUUUAGGUUUCGAAAUCUGUGUUUAAGUUUCGAAAAAAGCUCAUAACUUCUAUCAAGCGUUUAUAGGGGGCAUAAGUCAUCCUAUGGUGACAGCUGUUGUUUACCUAUAUAUACAUAAAUGUAAUGCAUUCUUAAGUAGUUUCAUAAAAAUCACCUUUCUUAAUGGAAUUACAUACAACAUAAACAUAUGCCAACAUAAGGCACUCAUUGUUGCUUUAUUUUUAGACACCCCAACAAUAUUUAUUAGCGAGGCUGUUUUCGGAGAAAACCCGAGGUAUUGUCAUAGCCUGCUCGUCGUCCACCGGCGUCGUGCUAAAACCUUAUCAUUGGCUCUAAAAUCAAAGUGCUUCCACCUUCAACUUUGAAACUUCAUAUGUAUAUGCACCUUGAUGAGUUCUACACACCACACCCAUUUUGGGUCACUAGGUCAAAGAUCAAGAUCACUCUGACAAGCUUUUGCAGCCGAGCAUGGCACCCGUUAUGCGGUGCUCUUGUUUUAUAUUAAAACUUGCUGCAUGAAUGCUAUUACUGCAGUAACUCUCUUGUUAGUUUUAUGUCAAAUAGGUUUAAUCGUUUUGUUAGUUUUAUAUUGACGGUCAUUGGAAUUAGUGGUCGUCCAAUAUUGUCCGGGACAACAAAAAUAUAGUUCAGACAUAGUUUCCCUUUUUUACUGGAUGGCAAUUUUUAGCCUGAAUGAAUAUUAAUUUUACAUGAUUAUGCAUUCACAGACACUGCAUUAAUGAUCCUGUUUUUUCGUCAUGCAUUAAAGGUCAUGCUGCAGUGAAUUUGUUUACCUUGACAUUACUGAAGAUGUGGCUGUUUUCCUGCCUGCAUACAAGUUGAAUGGCUUAUGCUUGAAACGCAAGAAGAUGGAAGUCAAGACUGGUAAGGUUAAAAGGGAGAAACCUACCAUGACGAAAAAGAAGAACAAACAGAUGACGCAGCCGGUCAAUCACCGACCGGUCGCACAGCCAGCAAGAGUAGUAAUUCCUCGGCUUUAUCUUCUUCACUUUCCGACCGGUCUUAGCACGUGCCUCUGACAUCAACGGCUUCAUGGGGUCUGCCGUCAGCGCUUGCACCCAGCGAACGCGGUCUGUUACCCGGAGGUACACAGUCGUGUUGCCUUUUACCACGCAAAUGGGGCAUUGCCUUGGGAUAGGCUUUGCGUUUGGUGUCUGAAAUAUUAGUUUGAAAUGUGUACGAAGCAGGUGGCUAUCAAUAUAUAUGAUUUAUUAAGAGAUGAUGAGAUAACGGACCCAGUUAAUUGAUUGAAAUAAUGAUUAUGUGAUUGAAGCUGUUAUGCUAGGGUAAAAUACCAAGGAAUGUGUAUAGAUAUUGUUAACUUUUUUUUAAUGGUGUUAAAAAUGAAUAUUUUAUUGCAAUAUUUGCACAUGCUUUGUUUUAUUUUACAAAGUAAUCACUAUUAACCUUAAGUUUAUUCUCAUGAAAAAAACAUACCAUUAAAUAGCAAUACUGAUUACUUUAUCUAUUUGAGUGACAUUAAGAGUGACCAUGUACAUGUAUAUAUCAAUCUAUACUGUCUAACCCCCCUUGCAGAUAUUAUUGACAGGUAAAUAUAAUAUUAUAUACCGUCUUAUAACGAUUCAAGACUUGGCCAAAAUAAGGCCCCAUUCCCUCAACAAAAAAGUAUUAAUUUUUCCCCAGAUAAAAAUUCACCCGACACUCAAGCAAAUUAAUUGCCCUAGACCCAGAAUUGUCAAGUUUAAAAUGUUUAAAACUAAAUAGAAUUGUUAUGUAUUUAAUUUGGCGGUGAUUAAAAAAACAUAUUAUA